AUGUCUUCGGAAAAAAUCGCAGUGUUUAUUAAAAUUAUAGAAAAUUCAUCUCUAUUAAGUUCUAAUUUAAAAAGAUUAAAUCCAGAUGAUCAUUUAUCUUAUAUUCGUGAAGAACUUGAAAAUAAUAAUAUUAUUAAUGAUAUGUUAUUAUUUUCAAAAGAAGAAAAUAAUGAACUUAAUGAAAUAAAACGUGAAGAAGAAGAAAAUUUUCAUUUAAAAGAUAUUAUAAAAGUUGAAGAUGAUCGAAAUAUUUUAUUUUUAAAACGACGUUAUUGGAAAUUUUUAAAUGAUCAUUGUAAAUUAGAUUAUGGACGAAUUAUGAGUUAUGAUGGAAUUAAAAUAGCUGAAAAACAAGCUUAUACGAUGAAUGAAUGUGAGUUAAAUGGAAUUAAUAAUUAUAAAAAAAGUAGAAUUGAAUUUGAAUCAAAAGAAGAUUGGAUGAAGAAAACAAAUUUAUUUUUUGAUGUCGAUGAAAUUAACGUAACGAAUUUUGCAAAGUUAGGAUUAUCGGUUGAAAAUUUACGUAAUAAGAGUUUUAAUAAAGAAGUUAUGUCAGCUUAUCAAUACACUGAAAUCAGUAAAGCAUCAUUGAAAUUUAGUAAAGAAAAUUUAAAAUUAACUGACGAAUUUGAAAAAGAUGUGAACGAAGCUAUAAAAUCUGAAAAUCCUAGAGAAAGAUUUAAGAAAAUUACUAAAGAAUAUGGUCAAUUCAUUUCAACUGAAAUUAUUUUAGGAGGUAGAGUUUAUUUCAAUGAUGUUAAAAAGUCAUUAAAAAGUUCAGCAGAUAGCUUUAAUGAUAAUUCUGAAAAUAUGAGUAUCGAAUCUACUAGUAAUAGUAUAGGAGGAUAUUACUCUAGUGAUUCAGAAAUAACUUCGAAAUUUUAUAAUUUUGAUCAUAUGAGAUUAUUGGGAGGAGAGCAUCCUGAUGAUAAAAAUUUUGAUGAAAAAAUGUGGAAUGAAUCUUUGAAAAAUUAUCAAAAUUGGAAAUGUAUUGAAUUUAAAUAUCCUGUUCAUAUUUUCCAACUUUUACCAGAUGAUUUGCGUAAAAGUACUUUUAAAUCUAUUGGAAAAAAAAUUCUUUACAAUAUUGCUGAGGAUUGUGAUUAUUAUUUAAAUGAACCUGGAAGUUAUCGAACUUUUGAAUUAAAGAAUAUUCCACAAAAUAUUUUAGAAAUAAUUCAAGAUAGAGAAGCUGAUUGUGAUAUCUUUGCAUCAGUUUUUGAUAAUAAUGAAAAUUCAAAAAAUGAUUUUUUUGAUUGUCAAAUUCUCAAAGAACCAAAUACAAAACCAUGUAUUAUAAUUCAUGGUAUACAAAUGCAAAAAGAAUUUAAACCAUGUAGAUAUAACUUGAAAAUUAAGAUAAUGAUUAUAGGUUAUGAUACCAAUUUUAAUUUCAUGCUACCAGAUAUUAUUAGUGUUGAAUCAAUAGGAAUUGAAUACUAUCCAAAAAAUUCUUAUAUAUUUUGUAACCUACCAUUAAAAAGAAAAAUUGAUUUAAUUGGUGUCCCUUUAUUUGGAAUUCCUGUAUUAAGUAAUUUGAAUUCAUCAAAUAAUUCCAUUAUCAUUGGUCAUAAUUUUUGUAAUACUCAAAAAAACGGAUUAAAUGUAGAUGUAUAUUCUUAUUGUUUAAAAAAGAAAUGUUAUGAUAAAUUACCUCAGUUUACUUUUUGUGUGUUAAUUAUUUCUGAUUACCCUUCUUCUUCUAAUUCUUAUUCAUCACUUCCUUUUAAUUCUAGAUUCUUUGGAAUUGGAACAAACCCAUAUGUUAAACUUAAUUCUAGUAGUAAAAAUCCAAAAUGUGUUAGUUUAUAUUUAUCAAAAAAAGAUAAUUAUAAACCAACUUUUCUGAAUCAAAAAAUUAAUCAAAUUAAAGUAGAAUAUGUUCAUUGUAAUUGUAAGAAAACCUGUUUUAUUUGUAAGAAAAAGACUGUAAAAUUAUCAAUAAGCGAAAAUUAUGCUAAAUGUAUCUUAUUUGAUUCUUAA